CAUAUCAAAGGGAUCACGUCAAUUGCAUUUUCUACAAGCUAGCGCAGAACGGAGUUGAAGAGCAUUGCUAGGAUACUUUCUCUGGGCGCCUUCCACAGACUUUGCAACGCCGGCAGACUUUGCAGGCAUGGCCUCGCCUGUUCUGACGUCUUGUCGGCUUCUUCAGCUUCCCAUUGAGCUCCAGUUGCGGGUGCUUGAGGAGCUGCAGGGCAAGGAGCUGUGCUUGAUAGAGCUGGUGCACCCCGAGCUGCGUCGCCUUGUUUCAGACAGCCCGUACUUGUACAUGGACGUGCACACCAAGGAAUUUGGGCGAACCAUCGCUGGAGCCAAGGGCCUGACGGCCAAGGCGCAAUACACGCAAGCCUACGUCCAGGCGCGCGUAGACAACCUUGAGAGGCAGCGGUGCGUAUGCAACGCGCUGAAGCUGCGACUUGAGCAGCUUGAUGAGCUUCUUGGGCAGGCGGACGACGUGCGCGAGCUUCUGGGCGUGCCAGAGAUGAUGAUGAACGAGCCCUCGCUGGUGCUCUCCUUCGUCGGAGACAUGGAGCAGGACGUGAUGCAGGAGCGCUGGGACACCUCCGAGGACCUUCUGGCCGCGGAGGAGAAGAUGGCGGCGCUCCAGGUCGAGCUGGAGUGGCUGAUGGCCCGCGUGCCGAGCUCCUGGUGCGGUGCUGCAGCGGCGGCGGCCCCGGCACCCGUCACCGCGGUCAGCAGCGGCUGCAUUAUUGCGUAAGCACAACUCGCCCGCUGCCGGGCAGGGCCGGGUCGACUGGCGUUGUGUGGUGCGCUGCCGCGCAGCGCGCCGCAGUCGCCCGACCUUCUUUACGCUAUCUGUACAGGAAACGCCGUACCUCCGUCAUUAUUAAUUAAAAAGCGCCUUUUUGUGUUUGCUGUUGGCAGUUUGAAUGAUUUAUUACGUGUGCACGGCGGCGGGGCAGUUUGAGGCCGGGCGCGCAUCUUGUGAGCCGGCUGGGCUUUCGGUGCCUUCAUGGACCCCCAUGGUCUAGAAGCCAACACCGAGUCCGUCCUUGGUGCGCUGUGCACGUCGAGGACAAUCUCCAAAGUAAUUGUUUGUGGGCCUGUGCCGCAGUGUUCUCUCAUCCUGGGUAUGGACGUAGUGUUCGCGUUCGGAGCUUGGUGUUUGGUGUGUGAUUGCAGCGAGUGCUCGUGCACUCCUAAGUGGGCCGGCGUGUUGGUUGCGGCCUUUCGGGAGAGACGGGACGUUGCAGGGCAGGGGCAUUACAAUUGCCAGUAGUGUAUGGCGGCUAGCGGCGAUCCUUCGGCACACCAAUAAAAGUAUGUUGGCCGGGCCGCGGUGGCAGAGGAGCGCGGCAUGUGCAUGCACAGGGUGAUGUGGUCCGCGCAGCGAGGCUGGGUUGUGCACAUGGUGGUUUUGAUUUCUCGGGUUUGGUUGGGUACAUGCGUGAGGCGGCUACAUGGCAAGCCGGGCGCUAGGCAAUGCGGCGCAGUCGGUUGAAUGCCGUGACAGUGCAUGAGGGGCCCCAAGUGUGGGGACCGAAGUAAAAAUAUUUCGUCGAUGCGACUCGGGGUGGGAGACGGGGAGCUGCACGGAUAAGCAUGUGUGUCCGAUGACGGGCUGUGGUUGGGCGCGUGCGUGUGCGUUGUUGCGAUUCCUUGCGGCGGCACGAGAGGCAAGGAGUGAGAUGUUUGCGCUGGGCAGAGGAGCGCAGAGGACUGUGGAGGAAGAACCACACUCGGCCGAGCUGAUGCAUUUGGAAGGCCGCGCGAGAGUGCGCGAGCAGGCAUGGAGCGAGAUGACGAAUGUGCUGGCUUCAGAAGCACUUCGUAUGGAGCGAUGCGUUGAAGACAUGCCGCAUGGUGUGUCGCUGGAGAAAAGCAGCUGGUGUAUGCUUUUGCGCACACCUGAGGAAGCAUGAAGGCUCCGCAAGAAUAUUUGAUUUGGUGACCGGCCUGCGGGCUGCAAGGCCGCAGGGUGAGAUGGGCAAGGCUACCGAGAGCGCGAAAGGAUGGUGCCCGGUAGACGAGACGGAUAAAGUAGUAUUACGCGUGUCGUGAUGUGCCGUUUGCUGUGGUGUGUAUAUGGCAUACCUUUGUGGAGCAUGUGGCUGGGAGGAGUACAAGUGUGUUGCAUUAAUCCACCCGGGGUCGCGCGUCGCGUCCAGGGCAGCCGUUGCAGCGGGCAGUGCACUGGGGCGGUGCAGUGCGCGCGAUGGACUCCACGACUUACAGUUUUGGCUGUUGCGUGUGCGUGUCGCAAGACAUUUGCUGGACGGUGUGCGUGUCUGUUUGCUGGUGGUCUGUCCGUGUUGCGUGUUCUCAUUGUGUUCGUGAACGUGUAUGGGGUGGAGUGAUGGCGAACUGCACAGGCCACUCGCCAGCGCAUGGUGCUUGAUGCUAAAUAGCUCAUUCUUUGUUUCUCUACUUCAUGAUGGGGUUGUCGCUAUGAGAUGGCCUGCGCAGCCGAAGUGCGAGGCGUGCUUGUAGAGUGUUAGCGAUGGUAGGACGUUGGUGUGCGUGCAGGCGAUGGAGGGCGGCUUUCAUACAUAGCCCAGGGGUUUGACAGGUGGCGUUCAUGUCACGAUGUGGCGGAAUUAGUGGUGAGUCCCGCCGAUUCAGCGACGGGGCCCGCACGGCCGCUGGCAGAAUGUGCUGUACAUUUUAUCUUAAAACAUGGGACAAUGUCAAUUUGAUGCCUUGGUCGAAGAAACUUGGAAGUCCCAGAGAGAAGAGGACUGCACGGCUUGUUGUGUAUGUCAGAUGUGCGAGCGGCCUGGCUAGGGUUUGAAGGUGAAGGGCACUUACGGCUGCGGAGUGCGUCGCAGCCAGUGCCCUGGAACGCAUUAUUAAAAGGCCCAAAUGGGUCAUCGCAGUGACCGCAAGUGUAACAAGACGUCACG